ACAGGGAGGAGAGGUUUGUAAACAGGGCAGUUCCGGGAGUCCGGGGGCUAGAGGGAAAACGAUCGGGCCGUCUCUGCGGGCGUCGGAGCUCCCUACAUCUCCGCAGGCACUGCCUCCGCCUCUAACCUUCUCUUAACCGGCCUUUUAGGACCGGAAGUCCUUCAACGGGAGCGUCCGACUCUUGAAGUCGCUGUUCCUCUUUGCCGGAAACCCUUUUCCGAGGGCUAGGAAGACGGCCCACCUGGCCGGAAGUCCCACCUCUCUGAGCUCCCCCGCCCUUCCUCAAGUUUUUCUGUCAGCUCUCCGUGUUUCCGUGUCCUCGCUUGGUUUUAAUCCGAAUCUAGAAAAGCGUACAUUGAUAGUGUCUCCCUCAGGUCUACGAAACAGGUUGAGGGUCCUUCGAGGGCUCCAUGUAGCUAGGAAGUGGAACCUGGGGGUAGUGGGACUCCCUGAGAUCCCGAGGGAGGGGCGAGGGUAGGACGCAGAACACUGCUUCUGCUCCUGCUACCCCGGACGCGGCUUCUCCGCCUCUCCCCUCCCGCUGUCAUGCACGCUGCGGCCUUCCCGCUUCCUGUGGUUGUGGCCGCUGUGCUGUGGGGAGCGGCCCCCAUCCGGGGGCUCAUUCGAGCGACCUCUGACCACAACGCCAGCAUGGACUUUGCAGACCUCCCAGCUCGCUUUGGGGCUAGCCUGAGCCAAGAGGGACUCCAGGGGUUCCUUGUGGAGGCUCACCCAGCUAAUGCCUGCAGCCCCAUUGCCCCACCACCCCCAGCCCCGGUCAACGGGUCAGUCUUUAUUGCACUGCUUCGAAGAUUCAACUGCAACUUUGACCUCAAGGUCUUAAAUGCUCAGAAAGCUGGGUAUGGUGCAGCUGUGGUGCACAACGUGAACUCCAAUGAACUGCUGAACAUGGUGUGGAAUAGUGAGGAAAUCCAGCAGCAGAUCUGGAUCCCAUCUGUGUUCAUUGGGGAGAGGAGUUCUGAGUACCUGCGUGCCCUCUUCGUCUACGAGAAGGGGGCUCGGGUGCUGCUGGUCCCAGACAAUACCUUCCCCUUGGGCUAUUACCUCAUCCCUUUCACAGGCAUUGUAGGAUUGCUGGUUUUGGCCAUGGGAGCCGUGAUGAUAGUUCGUUGUGUCCAGCACCGAAAACGGCUCCAGAGGAAUCGACUGACCAAGGAGCAACUGAAACAGAUUCCCACACACGACUAUCAGAAAGGAGACCAGUAUGAUGUGUGUGCCAUCUGCCUGGACGAGUAUGAAGACGGGGACAAGCUGAGGGUGCUCCCUUGUGCUCAUGCCUACCACAGCCGCUGUGUGGACCCCUGGCUCACUCAGACGCGCAAGACCUGCCCCAUCUGUAAGCAGCCUGUGCAUCGGGGUCCUGGUGAAGAGGAUCAGGAAGCAGCCGCUCAGGGACCAGAGGAGGGUGAUGAGGAAGGGGAGCCAAGAGACCACCCUGCUUCAGAACGGACCCCUCUCUUGGGCUCCAGUCCCACUCCCCCCACCUCCUUUGGCUCCUUGGCCCCAUCCCCCCUUGUUUUUCCUGGGCCCUCAACGGACACCCCGCCCUCUCCUUCAGCUACCCUUCUGGUUUAGUAACACAACACCCCCCCACCCAAUCACUGAUGACCUAUUUCAGUCUUUUGCUCUCCCUCCAGUCUUCUGUGUUGGGGGGUGGGGGACAUUCCAGCCCCAAGUUUCUCCCAUACUCAACCCCUUUGAGGGAGAUGGAGAACAAGGAGACUGGGUCUUUACUUUGUGAGUUAAUAAAAUUGUUUUUCUGGA